CAAAGCAUUGUCUGCCUUGUUACGGGGACAAGGUGGAGCACGUAUCACUCCGCCGUCUCGGCUUGGAGUCCAUUUUAGGUCUGCCGAAAAAACUAGGGACAAUUCCCGGAUGUAGCUGUCAUGGCCGCCAACAGCAAACUCGGGCAGCAGUUGAGCAAAACAAGGUUCUGCAUAUUCCAUAUGUUGUAGCAAUUUAUGACAAGAAAAAGUGCCAUUCACUGAGUGAGGCUAACUAAAGUAACACUUCACGCUGGUGGAUCCUCUCUAUCGCUGAUUUCAUCUUAAUUUACAUGAUGAAAUCACCAAAUAAGGACUUGCCUGUGGAAACUGAGGAAUCAGGUCCCGCUAAAGAGGAUUUGUGGGAUUUUGCCGAACAUGAUUCCGAUACCAAUGACCCAAGCUCCCUGUCAUCAUUUUCUGUAAAUGAAAGCGUUUUACAUGAUGUUGAUGAAGAUCCAGAAAAUGCAUUAGACACAGCUGGUAAUGAAACUACUUUGAAUGAAAAGGGAGAAAACUCUCAAAACGCCUCAUGCAAAAAGCAGACUGCAAGAAAGUCAUUCUGGAGAGGAACCAUAAGUAAUUUAGACAGUUCCGCAGAUCUUAAAGCUGUCAUUAAAUCAGAACCUCAACUGGAUGACGAUGUAGCAAAUAUAUCCGCAAAGGUUUUACAUUUCUUUUGCCAAAAAUGUAACAACGGUAUAAGAUACAGUCCCAAUGACCUUCAAAAACACUUUCUCAUUAUGCAUAAUGGGGAAUCGCCCUUAUAUCCUUGUGAAAUGUGUAACUUUUCUGCUAAUGAUUUUCAGACAUUCAAACAACAUCGAAAGACUCAUCGAAGUGCUUUAGUGAAAUGUGAGCUCUGCAAUAAUGACUAUUUAUAUACUUUGCUGGCUUUGACAAAGCACUUUACAGUUAUGCAUUGUAAUAAUGGCCACUUUAACUGCUCAAAAUGCAAGUUUUCUACCAGAGACGUUGGCACGUUUGUUCAGCACAUUCACAGACAUAAUGGAAUUGAGUAUGCUUGUCAAAAAUGUAACCAUAUUAGCUUCUCAAAAACAGAGUUUCAAAAACAUCUUCAGGGCCACAGUGCACUAUUUCCAUUUAGUUGUCAGUACUGCAACUACAGUGCAAUGAGGAAGGACUUUAUUGUAAAACAUGUUUUUGCCAGGCACAGAGAACAAAUUCAUACAAAAGAUGAACUUUUGCAGGAAAGUUGUGAUAGACAAAUGGAGACUUCUGCUGGCCAAAAACUUGUAUUGCAAAGGUACCAACCCGAUGUUUCAGAUAAGGGUUUAUGGAGAAAAGAAGAAAACAGUGGUGAAAUAGAGAAUGAUGAAGAUGAUGAUCAGGGUACAAGUGGGUUGCAAUAUAAUUCCAUGGAUAAAAGCCACACCACGGGUGCCCUUUCAACCUAUAAUAUGGAUAAAACGAUGCAAGAUGGCAUAUCUUCUGUGACAACUAUAAAAUGCAACAAUGAAGAAAUGAACUCCAAUGUCUUAAAAAAUGCAGUUCAUGGCCCAACUGUGCUAAUGGUAAAGAACAAUAAAAUUAAUGUUCCAGCUAAUUACAGUGCAACAUUCAUGGGUUACAAGAUGGUGAAUGGAAAACAAAAUAUUGUAAUCAAACUGCUACCUUCAAAUAAACAAUCGGGAGCAGCACUACAGUCACCACCUCCAACACUGGGCAAUUUGACUCCUCAAGGCCAUGGUCUGAGGCCAUUUGAGGUGUCCUCAAAUGGUGUUGACAAAAGACCUGCACCAUCAUUUAAACCUAAUAUAUCAUGCCCUACAUCUGUUGCUUCUUUGCAAAGAAUGAGUGUUCCAUUCAGGCCCAGAACUGAAUCACAUCCUAUCAGACAUGCCGCACCAAACCUUAUCAGACAGGGGACUGCUGCCAGCCAAGCUUUUUUGCAAAGCCUUCGGAAAGAUUUAGUAUGUGGUAGUAGUAGUAAUCCUAACUCUUCUUUUGGUACUGACCGUGUAAGCAACAUUAAAGAAGAGCCUGAAGAAUACAGUAUUCAUGAACAACAACAUAUGCAAACGGAACGGAAUCAUGGCUAUGGGUUUGCUGCGGGGCCAAUGCAUCAGGGUAGAAUGUCAAACUCCUCAAAUCUAAAUCCUAACAUGCAACAUUUGCCAAGACAUCGGCACAGCAGUGAUAGUGGGUUAGCACUGUCCAAAACAUUAUACACUAAAAAUAACGAAAUUAGAAACUCAGUAUUGCAUACAUUAGCAGCUAGCCGAACUGGUGGAUUGAACUUUACAAACACUAACAUCAAGCCUCAAAAUUACUAUUUAAGUGGAAAUUUACACAUGCGUGACAAGCCAGCAACUGUAUUGGAAAAAAAUAAUAAAUCUGACAAUAUCUCAUUUAUGCCAAGAAUUACAUCUGUGUUCUCAUUGCAAAAUAGAGCUCCAGCAUCUACAUCAUUUGUGAAAAGUACUUACCUUCAUAACAUGCUGCAGGAAAAUAAAGCAUUAUACGACAGACUCUGUGCAUCUAAAAAUCCCCUUGCUGGUAGCAGUACAUCAACAUCUGCUAGGUUACCUAAUGUAGCUUCACGAUUUGACCCUCGCCUAAUAAGUGCUGACCAUGUAUUGAAAGGUUCUGCUUCCUCUUUUAGGCAAGGACAACCAUCUUCUCCAUUAGACAUCAAGACAUCACACCCCUCAAGAGUUGGGGAUCUACUCAAAGCACAUUCAGAUGCAAUUGUGAAUCAGCAACUGGCAAAAGAAAAAAUGCUGGGAAUAGCACGGCCAGCUGGCAGCUCACCUGCUUACAGAGUUGUUAAAACUCCACAGAAUGCAGGCUAUCCUCAUUCAAACACUGUCUUAUUACCAUCAACUUCAAAUGCAUUGCUCCUUCCAAAUUUGCCAACCCAUCAGAGUGGCUUGAAAAUGACUGCAAGUCAACCUACCCCUCAAAGUAACACUUGUAUUAACCCCAAUACCCCAGUAAAUGCAAAAUCUAAAAUGGUAUUAACAUUAACCAAUGGACCAUUUGGAACGAUUAGAAAUGUGUCCAAUGGAAAUCCUCAGACCAUGGCUUCUCCUGUUGCUACUGCAGGAAAUAACCAAGGAAAAUUGCCACUUCCUAGACUGCAGCGUCCUGCUGCGCCAUAUUUGUUGAAUGCAGAAUUAAAAGACAUUGGAACUACUGUAAAUAACCUUCCUGGUAAAAUCAUUUCUGGUUCUGCUCCAGCAAAUAAACUUCCCAUUAAUUUGAAUUUACUUCAGUAUCGCAUAAAUUCAAAUUCUUCAAUAGGGAAAACUGGGAAUGUGGAAUCUGUUAAAAAUCCAGAGGCUGGUCAAAAGCAACCUGUUUAUGCUUUGUUGCCUGAUGGCAAACAAGCCGUCUUAUUAAACUAUGUUUUACCAAAAUCCGCUCCGACCAAGCCAUCAAAGACUUUUGCGAACUUCCCGCCCCGAAAUAUCCAACCAAAGAAAAUGGAAGAAGCAAAAGAAACCUCAUUUGUUACCAGUAACGGCAAAAGUAAUUCAUUAGUGAAAGUUAAAAUUGAGGAUACCAGUGCUGAAAACCCCACAUUUCCAGAGAACAACUAUGCUGCUAGCAGUACUUCUCAUCAGGGUAUCUCUGAACACUCCCACUGGUCUCUGAGGCCAAGACCAAAUUUUGCUUUAAUUAAGGAUCAUUUGUAUUCCACAAACAGUCAACAGAUGCUUUUGCAACCCUGUGCAGCAGAUACAUUAAAGUGCAAGCCAAGCAUUGCAAACACAUGGAACACCAGAAACAGAUCAUUGAAAAGAAAAGCAUCUGAUUCUAGCAGUUGCACCGCAGACUUCGAUAUCAAAAAUAAGGUUGCCAAGAAAAAAUCAGUUGAUGAUGUUGCGGAGCUGCCACGAAAGAAAAUGUUGCAUAGAAAAUGUAAAGAGAAAGUGUAUUACACAAGUGAUGUUGUAAUAGACAUUCCUACUACACCAAGACCACCUAAAGAUAUUGUGCGGACAUUGAGAUUGUAUCCUUUCAGUGCCGGCCAAGUGGUGACGUACCCUCAACAGAAUCAGCCUGUUGUUGUGCUGAAUCACCCUGAUGCAGAUAUUCCUGAAGUAGUAAAUGUAAUGAGAACAGUCUCAAAAUUCAGCAGUCACAUUUUAACAGUGACAUUGUCAAAAAGGACACUUGAGGCUUUUCUUGAUUCAAAGUUAAACAGUACUGCAGAAGCAAUUUCUGAUGGGCUAACCGGAAAACGUAGCAGGAGAUCAAAGCCUAUAAGCCCAGAAAAAGAACGUUUUGUGCUCAAGUUGACAUUAAAGAAAACCAGUAAAAACAAUUAUAAGAUUGUAAAAAACACAUCUGAAAAUCAAAACAAAACAAAAUUCCAUUGCUGGUUUUGUGGUAGGAUAUUUGACAAUCAGGAUGAAUGGGUUGGUCAUGGGCAAAGGCACCUAAUGGAGGCAACAAAAGACUGGAACACUCUAUUUUAAUCAUUUUUCUGUCAUUGAUCAUGGGAUGUUUUAAACAGGAUCAGGAAUAUAUUUUGUUUCUCAAUGGCAGCACCUAUCCCCUAGCUGAUACUGGGUGGUGGUGUUAUGGAAACAUUUCAUGUUAUAUUCAGGUUUUUUUCCUCUUUGUCAUAGUCUGAAAAUAUUUUUUUAUUUAGUUUUUUUUUUUAAAUAAACGUAACCUAUGUGACUGCAAUAUCAAAAUUCAAACAAUGUGUGUGUGCUUGGUUUCUACUCUAGGGUAGUGGUUCAUUUGGAAAAUAACUGGAAUUUGCAGACUUUGCCUGUGGUGGAAUGUCCUAAUUUUACAGUAAAAUGAUGCUGCCCUUUUCUAUAAUUGGCAGGUAUUUUUACAGUCAGGGACAACAUAUGGAAAUGUACAGAAAUUGUCAAUACAAAACCUUUUAUACAUAAUUGUAUUCUCACAUAAGUUGAUAUUUUUCAUGCUGUAUAGCAUUUUCUUCACUUACCGAAGAGGUUUAGAUAGCAUUAUACCCCAUCCAGUUCUAUAGGUGUUAAGUAUGGGUAUUAUCAUUCUACUUUUUUUCUCUUUAUACAAAAAAGUUUAAAUAAACAACAUAUUAACAUUUAUUUUGUCACUUGUAAAUACAAAGAAAAAGCAUGAUUGUGAAUAUUUCAAGAUUAUGCAUUAUAUAUAGCUUUUUCCAUGAAUAUUAAAAGUGUUACAUCGUGAA